CACAAUCGGCACAUCCGAUUUUCUUUUUCCACUGGCCGUUUUAUUGACCUCUCCAACUCGGAAAUGUCGCCUCUUGUUCUAUAAUUGAAUUUCGAAAGGGAAGAUCUAUCCUUCAAAAACAAACGUGGAGUUCCUUUUCAUUGUGGUAGACAAGUAGCUAUUUCUGAAACAUCGCUUUUUCUUCGAGUUUUCGCCUAAUGUUGUAAACUAUCAUUACUGAGAUAAUUCCUCAAAUAUGUGACAGAAUACUUCCGAAUGAAUCUCAAAUCAUGAAACUAAUGCAAGAAAAAUCUCUUUUUUUUUUUUUUUUUUUUUUAACGAACAGCAUUUUGAUUACUCAGGUCUUCAAUCUCAGUCUAUCAUUUCAAGGAAUUUCGUGUAAAAAAGAUUAACAGUUAUUUUCCCCUUUUCAGUCAACUGAGAUUACUUGAAGAUAUAUCAUGAAUGAACUAAUUUAUACCAUAGCAAGGAAUUUAACGAGAAGAAAAAUUUAUCCUUAAUUAAAGCAUCGAACUUGUUGUUUCACGUAUUCCUUACCGGCAAUCUUGGCAACUUAAAGCAACAGCUUUGACAUCUUCAAGCAACAACUUCAGUCAACAACUUUUACACAUUUUUAAUGCCCGAAGAUUUAGACAGCAUAAAUAUACAUAACAGCUACUUCAAAGAUAAUUUGAGCUUCUCAUUAGCUAGUUAAGGUUACCUUAUUUAGUAACUGAUGUAUUUGAAAGUACUAUUCCGCUGAAGUUACUGAUGAUGAAAAGAUGUUGAUGAGUACCAUGAAUGAUCCGAAGAAUAGUUUGAUUCUCCUUUCGUCAAGCUAACUUUCCAUUGUGUGUCAAAGAUUUAUUUUUUUUGGAUUCAGCAACUGUACAAGGCUCUGAUCUUCUCUGUUUCCUCAUUCUCAUUUUCUCUAGAAAACUUUCUUUGCCCAUUACAAAACUAAAACUUUAGAAGACUUGUAAAAAGACAUUGCAGUUACUGAAAUUUACAAAUUUUAGUCGUUUUUAAAAACUUGAAAGAAUUUAGAAAUUUUGAAGUAAGAAGAACGAGUUUGAAGCACUUUCUGAUUGUGUUGAUGCCUUAAUUUUUGAAUGAACUAUCCAUGGUGAUGACAGCAGGCGGCAGGCGAGGUCUUCGACCAGACCCACAUCGGUCACCACCGGCGGGUGCUCUGGCUGCAGGACCACAAGACAUUAAACCUUAUUGUCCACCUAUGUUAUAUCCAACUAUACCCAAGUGUGCCGGCUGCGAACAGCCCAUCUUGGACAGAUUCAUUUUGAAAGUUCUGGAGCGCUCGUGGCAUGGAAAGUGUCUGAAAUGUAUCGAUUGUCAAGCCCAGCUCUCGGACAAAUGCUUCGCCAGAAAUGGACAAGUCUUCUGCAAAGACGACUUUUUCAAAAGGUUUGGAACGAAGUGUGCAGGCUGCGAGCAGGGCAUCCCCCCAACUCAGGUAGUGCGAAGGGCGCAGGAUAAUGUGUACCAUUUACAUUGUUUCGCCUGUAUCCUGUGCAAAAGGCAACUUAACACGGGAGAUGAGUUCUACCUUAUGGAGGACAACAAACUCGUCUGCAAAGCAGACUACGAAGCAGCUAAAGCACGCGAGGGGACAACGAAGCGGCCGCGGACCACCAUCACCGCGAAACAGUUGGAGACACUGAAAACCGCCUACAACAAUAGUCCGAAACCAGCCCGACACGUCCGAGAGCAGCUCAGCCAGGAUACGGGGCUGGACAUGCGAGUCGUCCAGGUCUGGUUCCAGAACAGAAGAGCCAAAGAGAAACGCCUCAAGAAAGACGCAGGCAAGAGUCGCUGGGGAGAAUACUUCCGAAAUGGCCACCUCAAACAAGCCGUUGCGUCCGGUAGUGGACCCCCUACCUCACCGGACAGUAGCAUUGACAGGGGUGGUGACGACUCGUUAGAAAUUGAUCUACGGUCACACAAAGAUUACAGAGAUGACGACCUACGGGAGCCAUAUGGUACUCCAAUGGGUAAUUCUCAACUCGGCGAGACAGACUCUUCCAUGCGGCCCUCGCCGCCCCCUGCAAAUGGAAUCAACUAUCUAGGUUCCGGGGGUCACGGCUACCCUGGACCGGGGACGCCCCCUUACCUGGCGGGCAGUCACAGCCCUUACCCGCCAUCCUACUACGGAGAUGCCUAUCACCACCCUCAGAACGGCCAUCUAUCGGCGCUACCGCCGCCACGGCUUUUAGGGGUGCCCCAGCCCACGGACCUGAGCGGGGGCGCCCGGAACUUAGCUUUUCCCGAGUUUCCGCCGAGCCCCGCAUCAUGGCUCGACGAAGUGGAGGGGGGAGGAGUUCCGCCCUCCUCUGCCCAAUAUUGAGGAGAGUCAAGAGGGUUAAAUGAAAGCAAUGAUUGGCCUGCGAACCGGAUGUCUGGGAAGUUGCAGAGAGCGCGACCUUCCCGUCGUGGUUUCCUGUGCGGUCAGAUUAUUUGCAUGUAAACGUCAGAGGAGUCGCAAUUAACAGAUGAGACCAUGAUCUGUGGUUUGAAUUUGGUGUCUUUCAGCUGACAAUUAACGUCAAAGAUAAGAACAUUUAGUCUGAGCCGUGUAAUAGCUUUUAAAUUUGACUGAAGUGAUUAAAGUUAAUUUUUACGUCCACUAAAUAUAUUCAUUAGAACGCCAUGUUAAUUUUUCUGUUCGGUACAUUAUUGCGCACCUUUUAAUAUUACUCAUCUUGGCAUUUGUCAUCAAAUGCUAACUAAAAAGCUUUUUUUCUCUGUUAAUUUUUCCUUGUAUCAAGAACCAUACAAUAUACGAAAAGAACCAUUUCUUAUCUUAAAUGGCAUCGUGUUAUCAAAAAGUAACUUUCGUGCAUCCAAUAACGGUUCUGUUCAGUCGACACCGCGCAAAACACGCUAUUGAAAAUUAAGUUUUAUUUACAUAGCAUGUCUACAAAGAAGUUUAAAACUUAAUGUUGUAUUCAUAAGAAACUAAUGAUAAAUAAAAUAUUUUUAUGUUUAAUUGACAUAUUACUUGAACAUUGCAGAAUGAAAUUUGUAUCACAGAGUUAAACCGCAGAAAUGUGUUCUUUUUGAGCUUAGAGAAAGACUUUCCGUUUUAGUCAACAUUUCAUAAAACACAAAAGGAAGAAAUAGCUACCUCCUUUUGUAGUGAUUCUUACACUGAUUUCAGUGCUUGAUACAUUCUGCGAGACAUUUAACACUAUUUAUCAUCAGACUCCAAAAAUCUUUAUAGUUGCCAUAUUAUUUUAUUUAAAAAAUCAGGUACCUUGUUAACUACAGUAGGCGCCGUUUAAUGUGAUUACAUUCGUCCACGGCUGUUUUGAUAACAUUAAAUGAUGAAAAAAUAGAUAUGAAAUUUAAUUAAUUUAAUAUAAAUACAACUAAAAGCAUAUAAAUAGGCACUUUCACGGCAUUUUAAUCAGGAAAAUGAGAAAGCUUAUCAAUAAUAAACUUAUCAUAAAGUCUUUAACGCAAACUAAUUUUAAAAAGGUUGACCAAAAUCGAAACGAAGACAUUUUGCCACCUAAACCCUUUCUUGGGGAUAUUUUUCUGGAACUAUGUAAUUUUUAUAAUGCAUUUUAAACUUAUCUGGCGAGUUUUCUGUCUAUUUGGCUACUUUACUUCAGUUUAAAAAAUUUAUUCUUUAGUAUUUUGAUAACGUUAACAAAAUUAUUGAGCACAAUAAUCGAUAUAUUUUCCAUGUUUUCGCGUAGAAAAGGGUGGAACUUCGGCAAUUCGAUAACAUUAACCGGGAUCACAUUAAGUGGCGUCUACUGUAUAUAGUUUUAAUGAAAAUGCAACAUGAAAUCGUAUACUUUUUCUCUAGAUAUUCUAUAUAUGAUUUGCUAAAAACAUAAAGCUCAUUCUAACCUAAAAUUUUCGAAUUUUAUAAGGUUUCUUUUUCUCUUAUUAAAAACAUUAGUUUGGUAAUUCAAUUCCGUGACAUUAAAGGCUAAAGUUUUAUAAGAAAAACUCAGUUUAAAACUUUUAAGUUUAUUGAAAAUCUCAGUUAAAUUCUUUGAAAUAAAAAAAUACAAUUACCGCAUGCAUGAAAGUGAAGCUCAAUGUAUGGGAACUAAGAGGAAACCAUGACGGAAGGAGGCUAUACUGUACAAAUAAAUGAGAUAUUCUAACUGUGCUACCAAGGCUAGCAAAAAGAAGGAAAUUACAAAACGUGACUCACCACGCUUCUCCCAACAUUUCAACGUAGGGACCCAUAUUAAUCGAAAUAAGUUUUAAUGUGUAAAAAGAAAAUGAAGAUAAAUCACUUAUUCGUCGAAGGAAACAGGAAUAACAUUGUAUUUAUUUUGAUUUGUGUACAGACAAUGGAGGAGAGCUUCAUACUUCGUUGUGACCAGUGAAUGCAUAUUUUAUCUGUGGACAUAAUUUUCAUGUUUUGUUCGAUUAUGUGUAUGCCAAUCUUGCUGCAUCUUGCAAAGAGACAGCUUUCUCCGUUGAAACAUGUAUUCGAAAAGAAAUCUUCACGAAAUAAUAAUGUUAAUAUUUAAUGAAGAAUUAUAUUUAUAAGCGUGAAAUUUUAUUAGAAUUUUUGUACCCUAAUAUUAUUACCAUAUUUUAUUUUAAACAUGUUUUUACACACUUCAUAGUAAAUAUUACUUUUUGAGCUUCCUCCAGUGAUCUAGCAAUAUAUAUUUAAUUAUGUUCAACUACAACAUAAUCUAUGCAACAUUGGUAAGAAUCAGAGCCUUCAAUACUACUUAUUUCAAAAUUUAAGCGAGUGGUCUCAAAACUGCAUGAGGGCCGAUUCAUUAAUCUGAAAACAGCUGACGGAUCAAAUUUAAUUUUUUUAAUAAACUGAAAAAAUUAUUAAUAAUUUUUUUUUUUAAAUUUAACUUCGUUUAGGAAAUAUUUAUUGAAAUAAUGUUGUAGAAGAAAAAAAUUGAAAUUUAUAUUUUUCUUUUGGAAAUCUAUAGUUUGUUGACUAAAAGAUAUUUUUAUUGAUUACACUUUGCAGUGCAAGGAGAGCUAAAUAUUAAUUCUUAGACUGACAUUUAUUUCAAAUAUUUCUAAUAUGUUUAAAUAAUCAUUAAAUAAUUUACCUUAAUUUGAACUAAACAAAUUAUGAAAACUUUCUAAGUUUUCAGAGAAAAUUUGUCGCGUGGGACAAAACUUUGAGACGCUAUCUUAUUAUUAGAUUUUCCUUCAACGCAUAAAUAAAAAUAUAUAUGUCUGUAUGCAAAUAAUUAAACACCUUUAUAUCUUACCACACUUUGACCCUUGGUGGCAUUUCGAUUCUGAUAAUAUUCUUUGCCUUCGAGAGAAAUUAUUUGAAUUUAUCUUCAUCAACGGAUUGUAGAUGCUCGUCGGUCAAUCUGGUUCUUUUAAAAUUUCAACCGUGAAAAUAAAAUCCGUUCAAAUAUAAAUGUAUUCCCAAACAAAGGGAUUAUUCUUAGUGCAACAAUUCUGAGCUUAUUUACUUUUUGAAGACUAAACGUUAAUAAAAUCUACGUCUUCAUAUAUUUUAAUAAGAUUUAUAUCACAUUGUCUAGUGCGUUAUUCUAUGUGCUUUUAAUGGAAAUUAAAAUAACGUAAAUUCGGACUUCAAAUAACUAAAAUCUUGAAACCUUUAAAACACUGUAUUUACAAAAAGUACGUAAUUGAAAGGUCUUCGCCAGUCGUCAGCUAGAGACCACUGAUUUCAGACAUUUGAUUACGUCAUCAAUUCAUUUAAAACGUUUCAUUUAAAUACUACAACACAUCGGUUUAUAAAUAAAUAU